AUGAUGAGAUCGAUUUAUGUCACUGAAUUAUUCUUCCUCUUUGCCAUGGCCAAAGGUAAGCUCAUUUUCACUAUUACUUUAAUGAUUUUGUUGGUGUUUUGUUAUGGGAUCACUUCCAGUGAGGGAAGGCAAUUGAAGACAGGGGAGAACACCAGCAGUUUCACCUUGCACCGCGACCUUUUAGUGUCCGAAGCACGUUCAGGACCCAUCGCUCCCGGGCCGGACUAUGCUGAUGCAGAAAGUGAUGAUUUUAGGCCGACAAAUCCAGGCCACAGUCCCGGGGCUGGUCAUUCCUCUCCAGGCAAUGCUUCUGGACAUUAA